AUACCCCCUCGCUCGCCAAGUCAGCAUCUGAAAUCCCUCGAUUUGAAGGGGCUAUUCUCAGCCCCUAGCCCUCGUUAUGCCCCCUCCCCCUAGGUGAAAAGAGGAAUUGGGACACCACUACCUUCACGGGAACGCGCAAAAGUUAGGGUUAGGGAAGAAAAGGAGGGCGAGGGGGAGUAUUGGGACGCACCCUGUUUUGUUUUUUAAAUUUGCACCUUUCUUCUCAUAAUCAAUUACUCCAAAACAUUUGGAGUCUCUUGAAGUUGAUGAUGUAAGUUUCAACCGUGUACACGUGCAGAUACAUGUGUGUAAGAGCUCUGCUGUUACACAGACAGCUCAUAAAAUGAAAUGCAGCCUCUCCUUGAAACCAGUCUCUGUGGUUGCUGCUGCGGUUCAGGAACACGCAAUAAACGGUUGACUUUUCAAGAAUGGCAGAACACAACAUUAGCCUGUUGAUAGCCAUAUUUUUGGCACUGAUUGUUUACAUCAUCACUAUGGUGUUUUCUGCUCUGGCACCACAAGGAAUAUACCCAUUUCUGAGCACCACUGGUAAUAUUUCCGAUGACUUUGUAACUGAGAUCACACCAUCUGGCUGGACCUUUUCCAUUUGGUCCAUAAUUUACAUCUUUCUGGCAUUAGUGUUGGUCUACACCCUCUCCGGCAUCUGUAGGAGGAAUACCUAUGGUUAUGUCUACUGCAGCCCUCCUGUACUGCCAUACGGUUUCUUCGUGUCUUGGUGCCUGAAUCUGAUCCUCAACAUUGGAUGGCUGUUCUUGUGGGACAGAAAGAUCAUGCCUGCUGCACUGGUUUUCCUGAUCCUAGUCACCUUGACUAACUACACUACGAUAUUCUUCUCCUGCUAUGGCUUAAAGAACUAUGGAGCCUGGCUCAACAAAUACCACAAAGUAGACCUUUGGCUCCACCGUGUGUUGGUUCAGAAUGGUGUCGCCAUAUAUGCGACAUGGACAACCAUUGCAACCUUUGUGAAUUUGGAUGUUGUGCUGACUUACGAUACCAACAUAUCUAGCACAGACGCAUCCACUAUCUCACUGUCUCUCUUGACUGUUGUGCUGUUUGUGUGGUUUGUUCUGGAAAACUCUGUCCUCGAAAAGCACGUGAGGUUCAUCCUGACCAUCUACCCGGUGGUGAUUUGGGCGCUGACGGGUGCAUUUACAAAGAACUCCAAUGCUGCAGUUCUCACUCGCAAUAACUUCUUCAUUGCUGGAGUUUUAGGCAUGGCCUGUGUCUUGUGUGCUGCACGGGUCUUUCUGGUCAUCCAGAAGCAAAUCAAAAAGCCAAUUUACAGGGAUGUAAACCCCGACGACAUGUCACCGAUGGAGAUUGCAGACAGCCAGAAGAAGAUUUUUAAGUGAUCAUUUUGAUGACACAAAUGACAAACUACAACUGGAUGUGCAAUAUGUUUUCCUGGCAACUAUUAAGUAUUUUUGCAGCAGCCUGUAGUUUCUGUGUUUUAACAGAAGUCAAAAUGAAAAUAAUGUUAUAUAUUUUUUAUAUAAUGGGGUAAUCUAUGUUAAAAACAUGUGCUAAACUGAUUGAUUUUUUUUGUAAUGUUAA